GAGUCGAAGCUGCGGCGAACGAUGAGCUCGAACAGCCUCGUCUUGGCCCGCCCGGAGAGCCGGAGGCCCGGAGCGAUGAGCUCGAACAGCCCCGUCUUGACCCGCAGCCUGGCCUUGGCCCGCCCGGAGAGCCGGAGGCCAGGCGAUGAGCAUCGACCGGCCUCGCCUAACCAUCAGGGCCACCAAAAUUGGGCAGUAAGGGUUCCACGGAGUCUCUACCACAGAAUGGAAGAAGAUGAUAGGGAUUUACACCCGUGGAGACUCUUCGAGGGGAGAGUAAGGAGCGGGCCUUACGAGCUAGCAAGGUUCCCGGCACAACCGUACGCACCAGCGCGCGUCCUCGACGGCGACGGCGCCGGUGGCCGCGGGGUAAACCCUAGGCUCCGGGAAUUCCUCGCCAAUUCGCCGCCGCGGAUCCGGCGCGAGUGGAACCUCCCGGGGGAGGAGCCGGGGCUCACGGAGGAGGAGUUCAAAACGGCGAUGGGGAAGCUCAAGAAAGAAGUGUACAACCCUAAAAAGAAGAAGACGACGACGAAGACGAAGACGAAGACGAAGCCCCGCGAGGGAAGAGGCGGGGCUGCGUCGUCGUCGUCGUCGUCGUCGGGUAGUAAUGGGGGUAAAGGGGAGGAGGGAGAAGGGAUGUGUACGAUAUGCUUGGAGGCCUUCGCAGCGAGGGAGAGCGUGCUCGUCACGCCCUGCGAUCACGUGUUCCACGGCGACUGCGUCGCCCCCUGGGUGAGGAGCCAUGGGAGGUGCCCGCUCUGUAGGUUCGAGUUGUGCGAGAGGAGGAGCGGCGGAGGAGUGGGGAGCGGGAAUGGUGGGGAGGGGGAGGAGGACGAGGACGAGGAGGUAGGGUUAGGGUUAGCGCUGGAGCUCGUGGCGCUUCUGAGGGCGAUGGAGGAGGCGCUCAAUUGGGUGGGGUUCUCUGCUGAUAUAUAUAGGGAUGUCACCAUUACUUAAACAUAGAUGACGUACUAGUGCUGGGUAAAUUCUAACGUUUGGUACUCAAAACUUUGAUGCUUAAUAAUUUUGGCCUGAAUUAUUAUAAUUUAGUUUAUAGUCUCUCGCUUUUAGGGGCCAUUUAGUUGCAUAUAGUUGUAACUGCACUGCAGUUAUAAUUACAUACAUAUACAAAUUCGGUGUUUGAUUUGAUA